AUGCAGACUUUCUGAUCGCGCGCAGUGAAUUCGUGUCGCGGACUGGCCGAGAAGUCAGUCGCAACUUCCUCACCCGCGCCUUCCCAAUUGACAUUCGUGACAUCACCUCACCUUCGCAUCACGCGUCGCGCGCGCAAAUUCUCCCCAAUCUCGAAUUCUUCCCGCCCACUUUCUUUCGAACCCAAGAACACACACCAAUCACCUUCGCCUCAACGACCUAUCAGCACGAUGGAGCAGAGCCAUCAACUGUUCGAGAGCCCCGAGCUGGUGGAACUCAUCAUCCUCCAGCUCUCCCCGUACGACAUCGUCAAAGUCCAACUCGUGGCGAAGAUGUGGCGAGACCUCAUCAACAGGAAGUCUGAACGCAUGAAUCUCGCCAAAUGCGCCAAACCUUCCAAGAUUGAAGCUCAAGAACUCCCGUUAUGCGCCGUCGUCCCCCCUGUCUAUCAAGAAGAUCUCGGCUUGUCGCCUCGCAUCAUCGAUGGUGAAGAUCACUACACCUUCGACAACAGCGGAAAUAGUGUAACCGGCAUCGAAAAGAAAGGACUUCAGAUUUCGCUGACGAAAAGCCGUCGCAUCGAAUCUUCGAACUAUGGCCCCGAAGAUUUCAUCACUGUGCCUCGCUGCCAGGCUGUGGGCCUUACAGUGGUGUUCUACAACAAGGGAUGGGUCCAUAUCGAAUCGACCGUCUAUACGAGAUGUGGAGUCACCUUCGGUGAUGUCCUAUUCGCAAUAGAUGCUAUGACUAUGAGCCAGUCACCACAUGGGCUCACGAUGAUCAUGACCUGGAACCAGGGCACGCGGCUACCGGUGCAGGGAGAACGCGGGAGUCUGCCAGCGAGCCCUAGGGUUGGUUGAGCGGGCGACACUCCGGACAUGCUGUUCCCAUGCACAGUGAAAUAAACGAUGGCGCGACGAGGAAGUGAUACAUGACGGAUAGGAUUUUGCACGUCAAACAGGGGCCUUCGGUUCUGGAGGCGGACAACACACGGACGCAUCGUCAACAGAGCGAUUUUCCGGUAGUACGAGAGCAGACUAAGCGAACUGCAGCUUGCGUAAUGUCGAAGGU